CAAUACCCAUCUAUCUAUACUUUUAUUUCCUCCAGUAUAUCUUCCCCACCCUCGACGUCUACCGCUCUCAGUAAGAAGUGACAGAAUCAACUCGCAAACAGCUCGGCUCGAUUCAAAGCAGUUGCAAUGGAUGACUCGAAUAAAUUGAGCCGCCCGCAGCUGUUCAUAUACGAUAUCAACAAAAAGUCCAAAUAUUCACAAUCAGCUCAAUGCGGAAACCACAGUCUCUUGCAAGAAUACAUAGAGACUUUGCAGCAGUACCUGCAAGACGAGACUAUUUAUGUCAUGCACUCCAGCUAUAGUUUUGGGAGCGCCCAUAUUACCAUCCGCACCACUCGCGAGGAUGAGUCUGGGAUGUAGACUAUGCCAUCCACUGUCAAGGUAUGGACGAAUACAUAGUCAACAGCGGAAAUCUACUGAUUCAGUGAGCUACCGCUCCUUCUAUUCUAGCUCCUUCCUGGUGGACCAGAGGGGAACACUACUAUACUUAUUAUAACUAAGAGAAAAACAAAUAUUUCUAGCGCGUGGCUAUAGAAAUAUCUCGUUAUUUCAUUGAAUGCUUCUAGAAAUAUUAAUGUCCAAGUUUAUCCUACUGGUCUACUAUAUCGUAAUACGGAUUGUACUUGGGCUAUACCCGAUCACUAUUAUAUGAUAUCUAGAUUAUAUAUAGAUAGUUACAGUUAGAAAAUGAA